AUGGGGGUUCUUCACAUUAACUCAGAGACUACAACAGCUGUAGCUCCAUCUAGGAUGUUCCAGGCUUUCAUUCUUGAUUCUCACAAUCUUCUCCCAAAUUUGGUGCCACAAUCAUUCAAGAACAUUGAGUUAAUUGAAGGUGAUGGAGGCGUUGGCAGCAUCAAGCUAAUAAACUUCCCUGAUGGAAGUUACUACAAGUAUGUGAAACACAGGAUCGACGUACUCGACAGAGAGAACUUUGUGUGCAAAUACACUUUGAUUGAAGGAGACAGUUAGGGGGAGAAGCUUGAAUCAGUUCUGUACGAGGUUAAAUUCGAGCCUUCUGGCAAUGGCGGAAGCAUUUGUAAGGUGGCUAGUGAGUACCACACAAAGGUUGAUAUGAAAUAAAGAAGUCUUCAAGGCAAGCCAAGAAAAAGCAGUUGAAUUGUACAAGGUUGUGGAAGCACAUCUCUUGGGAA